CACCAAGAAGUUGCUAAUCAGACAGGGUUGUUGUGCUCAAUGCUGUUGCGCAAUGACCAAGGCGUGACAGCCCCACGUGCAGAAGCAGACUUGCAACAACACAAGCUCACCCUACAACAAGAGCGUGAGCUCUGUGAGUACAUAGAAGUACUUACUGAGCAUCAUCUUCCUCCUACAAGGCAAAUGGUACAAAACUUUGCUGCAGAGAUGGCUCAUGAGAGUGUCUCUGACACCUGGGUGUCCAACUUCCUCUACUGUCACAGCGACACUCUCCUCCAUAAAUGGUGCACUGCCAUGGACAAGCAGCGCCACUAUACCAAUUCCCCUGCAAAGUAUGAGCAAUAUUUCAAGCUCUUACAC